CGUCUCAAUAUCUUUUUAGUUCGCCAAUAGUUACUCAGAGAAACAAAAUUUGGAUCUGAUUCAACCUAAUUUCAAAAUCUCCAGCUGCUGCGACCCACCUCUUCUCCCCACUCCUUAAACACUAUAUAACACACACAGCCCUAGCACACUAAUCUGGCCUCUCUUCGUUGUCGCCGGGGGAAACUGCUCGUCUGUAUCCUUGAUCUUCAGCUUCCAGAACCUGCCGGUCACGUCGCUCUCAUUAUCAAUUUGGUAGUCGUGGUUUUGGUCUUGUUGUUAGGCCCGCCCUCUCUGUUCUGAUGGCUAGGAAAGGCUGGUUUACCAAAAAGGCUAAAUCAGGACCAGCAUGCCAGCAGUCUCAAAAGGCACCGGCUUCGGCUCCGUCUCCGACUUCGGCUCUGCACCAAGAUGAAUCUGAAAUUCCCCAAGCAAGCUAUGGUGGUGUCCAUACAACUGUACGCCUGUUCCGUCCACCACGCAGUGAACCAAGGCCUGCUCCACAGACGCGCACUUAUAGCAGUCAAAACUCGGAGCUGGGAUCCGACCAAUUGGAUACCAAUGCUCAUGAAGUGGAUUCUAUUGACCAAGAAGUUGACGACCGCUCUGUUGCUUCUAGAGCUCAGAGUCGCAAAGGACGGAAGACCACAGAGUAUUGGACGGUUAAGACCAUCGAUUCCGAUGGCACAAUCAAGGCGGCUAACAUUAGUGUGAGGGAGGCUAUAGAACGGCCCAAUGGUAGAAGGAUCGUGCUUAGGUUCAACAAUGAAAAGCAGCCAGUUGGAGAUGAAGCUGGCCUGUUGAGUGGCGUUCUUGGCAUGCUUGGAUCUGACUACGGUAAAUUCCCUAUCUGCGAGGAAAGUUGGCGUCACGUUACCACUAAAGAAAAAGUUUAUUUCGAAUGUGUCAAGCAAAUCUUUGAGUUUGAUGAAGAUAGUGACGGAGUUAUAAAAAAAUAUAUUUUGAAAAGUAUGGGGAAGUCCUGGAAAGAUACAAGGCUAAGGUUGUAUGAUGAUUACUACGAGCCAACACUGUCGACUGAAGAAAAUAUCGAGAACCGUCCGCCAGGAAUUGAUCGAGAUCACUGGCGAUGGUACCUUGAUUAUCGCGCCAAACCUGAGACGAAGGAGAAGUGCAGGAAAAAUGCAUUAAAUCGAUCAAAACAGCUGUAUACACACACUGGCGGUUCAAAAAGCCUGGCUCGGUGGAGGGAAAAAGAGUGAUGGAUUAAACUUUCUUAUUUCAAUCAGAACAAGAAGGAAGGAUAGUCAGUAGAGGAGAGCUGUGGAUCAAGGUUCACAAAAAAAGGGAUGGCUCUUAUAUUAAUGAUGAGGAAAGACUUCUGGAGAUUGAGCAAGAAGAUGAGUCUUCUAGAGUCUUGUCUCAAAAUGAUUCCCUUGCUCAGGUUUUUGGAAGAGAGAAACCGGGUAGAGUGCGUGGAGUGGAUCUUGAACCGACUCCUAGUCAACUCUUUGGUACAAAUUUGCGGCCAUCAGUAAACCGAGUCCUAGAAGAGGAGACGCAAAAGAAGCUGAAUGAACUACAGACAGAACUGGAAGCCGAGAAGUUGAAAAGGAAGGCGAUGGAAGAUGAAGCAGCAGCAGACAAGAAAAGGAUAAAGGUAAUAGAGAGUGCUUUGAUUUAUCUUUUUCAACGGCAGGGUGAGGAGCUGCCACCAGAGAUUGCUGCAGGGAUGUGUUAAGUGGUUUUGAUGCAGUAGAAAAUAGUAGUUUAGGAUUGAAAUUGUUUUGGAUGGAUGCAUACUUUUUUUGAAGUAGACUAUGCAACUCUUAGCAAGAGAUUUAUUUUGUUGAUAUUUUGAUAAAUACAUUUUGGUUUUUGGAUA